ACCAAACAUCCUCUUAUAAUUUAUAUAGUGCAGCGGCGUAUGAAACGCCUCAAUAUACCUAAUUCUCACAAUUUGGAGCACCGCGGCCCGGUGUGCGCUCGCGCUCGCCCAUCGUUAUGGCUCAAAGUGCGUUAUUUAUUUAUUUUUAUCAACAACUGAUCUUCCGCGCCUCACCUUAGUAUCAAUAUAGACAGCGGUUUGAAGACACGACCACUUUACCACGUUUGACAACACGGUCAAUGCGUUUAACAUUUCGCGAUCUCUCGUUCCACAUGGAUUUCGGUUGCCACGACAAGGAUUCGGGGGAAGUGGAGUGCUACCUCGAAAUACAUUGCGAUACGGGUACUUCUUGCGCUAUCACGAUACAAAUGCCGAACCCGGAGGCCGUGGGAUGUAUAGAGCGAUUUGCAACUUUUCUGUCGUUUCUGCUUGUCGUCAUCACCUUCCCGUUCUCCCUGUUCGAGUGUUUUAAGGUGGUUCAAGAAUUCGAAAGAGCUGUUAUAUUCCGGUUGGGUCGGUUAAGGAAAGGCGGUGCGAGAGGUCCUGGCCUAUUCUUCGUAUUGCCAUGCAUCGACACUUACAGGAAAGUGGACUUGCGUACUGUGUCUUUUGACGUUCCUCCUCAAGAGGUUUUGACCCGUGAUUCGGUAACUGUAGCCGUAGAUGCUGUGGUCUAUUAUCGUAUCAAGGAACCCUUAAACGCUGUUGUUAGAGUAGCAGAUUACAGCGCAUCAACCCGUCUUCUAGCUGCAACAACGCUUCGUAAUGUUUUGGGCAUGCGCGACCUAGCACAGCUACUGUCCGACAGAGAAGCCAUAAGUCACAUGAUGCAAGCCAGUUUAGAUGAAGCUACAGAUCCUUGGGGCGUUGAAGUGGAGAGAGUUGAAAUAAAAGAUGUAAGACUGCCUGUACAGCUACAAAGAGCGAUGGCUGCAGAAGCCGAGGCUGACAGAGAAGCGAGGGCCAAGAUCAUAGCUGCAGAAGGAGAAAUCAAAGCGUCCAAAGCGCUGAAGGAAGCUUCGCUUGUUAUGAUUGAUAAUCCGAUGGCAUUACAGUUAAGAUACCUCCAAUCAUUGAGUUCGAUAUCAGCUGAGAAGAAUUCCACAAUCAUCUUUCCAUUCCCGAUGGAUUUCCUGAAAUCUUUCAUGGGAGGACCCGGACCAAGUUCGCACCAUCAAGUCAAUUUAUAA